UUUAAACAAAAACAACUGUCAGAUAUAACUAUGAUGUUCAAGAAAUAUAUCACAUCUGGAGCACUUCAAGUCAUUCAAGCUCCAAGAGAUUAUUAUAUUCCACUGAAUGAUCUUCAUCGAAAUCUAGGUGACCACAUGGACCGAGUUCUGUGGAGAUCAAAGCAAUCUUUAGAUUAUGUCUACCUCAUGUGUUAUUGCAGUUACAUCUCCCAUUACUAUCUUCAGCUUGAAGAUGAUGUCAUUGCUAGUCCACGGUUUCUUUCUAAGAUUUCUGACUAUGUUGAUUCUCAGAAACAUGAAUGGAUUUCUUUGAAUGUUGCCCAACUUGGCUACAUUGGUAAACUAUACCCAACAAGAGAGGUUUCAAAUUUAGCAUCCUAUCUCAGACUCUUUUUUAAUGAAAUGCCUGUUGAUUGGUUAGAACCAAGAUGGAAAAAAUAUCGAGGACAGGACCCUGGAGAAACAAAGUGCAGAGCUGCUUCUCUAUUUCAACACAUUGGGCUUAUUUCUUCUUUUCGUCCAAAAGAAUCUCAAAGACCAAAUACUUUAAAAGAGAAAUUUUUUGAUCAAUUUGAUCAAAAGUACUCUGGAAAUAACCCCCCAGCAGAAAUCUUUUCUGAUCUUAUUCCUAUUCAUGGAAAACCAGAAGAUGCUUACACAAAAGGUGAUGGUUAUUUUCAUGCCCGUUUUGGUGGUGCAGGAAAAAAAAUAUAUAACAUGUUACUUAAGACGAAGAGAAAGCUCCAAAGAGUUGUGGUUGAAACUGGGGCUAAUUUUGCUGAACAUGAUGCUAUUGUAGCUGGGACAUUGGAAAUCAGUGAGAUUAUUGCACAGCAAGGGAAAGUCUGUGAAGACUACGAGACUGUUGGUGAGUUCAGGUUUGGAAGAGUAGAUGUGACGUUGAACGGACGUCAAGUUCGAUGUAUACGUAUCAAUAUCGUCUAUCAAGGAAGGUGGAUUUAUUUUCGUGAGAUUGAUGUUUGGACGAGCUGAUGAGUACAUCCGUAUUACGUCCUCUCGUCGCUGCCACGGGAUCACCUGAGCAAAUAUGACUCUUCGUUAUCAAACCAAAGAGGCAACAAAGUCCUCAUCGACAUCCAGUCCCGAUGAUGAAAGAAGAUCGCAAAGAAGAGAAGAUGGUGGAGGUGAAACAAAUGAUUGAGGAAACUAGAUACUCUCAUAAACUCCUGGGUAGAUAACCAGGCUACAACACCCACAGACAUUGCGUAAAAAUAUAAGUUUAUUGAGAAAAAGGUCGAAGCUUUAAAAAAUACAUUAAACCU